AACACGUUGGCUCCUCCGGGGGGAACGGAGAGUUUGAGGGGGAGUGUGAAGUUUAGGGAAGAGCCCUCUUUCCUUCGGCUGCUGACGCGGAUGGGACUGUUUGUGCAACGGCGCCGAGGACCGUCGAAAUCCAACCAUGUUAUCUUGGAUCGUAAGUGUUUGGACCAUUCUUGCGGUAGCGCAAUGUUACUUUUCAGAGGAAAAUUAUACCGAAGAGUCAAAGAUGCAGCCGCCCACGGUCGUUAUAGCUAUAAUCGCGCGGAACGCCGCUCAUUCUUUACCCUACUACCUCGGAGCUCUCGAGAGACUAAACUAUCCCAAAGAGCGCAUCUCUAUCUGGGCAGCAACAGACCACAACAUAGACAACACGACGGCGGUCCUGCGAGAAUGGCUCACUGUCAUGCAAACGCAAUAUCACUAUAUCGAGUGGAGACCUUUAGAUAAACCCACGUCCUACGUAGGUGAGCUGGGGCCCAAGCACUGGACUAACAGUCGCUACGAGUACGUUAUGAAGCUCAAACAGGCAGCGCUGAACUUUGCCAAGAAACGCUGGGCUGACUACAUUCUGUAUUCAGACACGGACAACAUUUUGACGAACCCAGACACACUUGAUCUGCUGAUGGCGGAGAACAAGUCGGUCAUCGCCCCGAUGCUGGACUCCCAGUCAGCGUACUCCAACUACUGGUGUGGCAUCACUCCACAGGGUUACUAUCGCCGCACCGCUGAGUACUUUCCCACAAAGCAGCGUCAAAGGCAGGGCUGCUAUCCCAUGCCGAUGGUCCACUCCACUGUUCUGCUGGACCUGCGCAAAGAAGGCACCAAGAAAGUGUCCUUUCACCCCCCUCACAAAGACUACUCCUGGCCCUUCGACGACAUUAUCGUUUUUGCCUUCUCUUGCCGAGUAUCAGAGGUUCAGAUGUAUCUGUGCAACAAGGAGCGUUACGGGUAUCUGAACGUCCCUGCGAAGCCUCAUCAGACCGUGGAGGAUGAUCGGAUCAAUUUUAUCCACCUCUACCUGGAAUCUUUGAUCCAUGGGCCGCCGAUGUACUUGUCCCGCCACGUCCACGUUCCUCCCAAACAGUCUGAUCUCAUGGGCUUUGAUGAGAUCUACUUGAUAAACCUGCGCAGACGUCUGGACCGCAGGGACAGGAUGCUGUGGUCACUUUACGAGCUGGAGAUCGAUGCCAAAGUUGUGGAUGCUGUGGACGGAGCGGCUCUGAACAGCAGCGAUAUUAAGAUUCUGGGUGUCGAUCUCUUACCUGGUUACUAUGACCCUUUCUCCGGCCGCACGCUGACCAAAGGAGAGGUGGGCUGCUUCCUCAGCCACUACUACAUCUGGAAAGAGAUGGUCGACAUGCAGCUGGAUAAAGCGCUGAUCUUUGAGGACGACGUUCGUUUCCAAGCCAACUUCAAACGUCGCCUGAUGCGGCUGAUGGAGGAGGUGGAGCAGGUGGAGCUGGACUGGGACAUCAUAUACCUGGGCAGGAAGAAGGUGUACCUCGAAGAGGAAGUGGCGGUGGAGAACGUGAGGAACCUGGUGUACGCCGAUUACUCUUACUGGACGCUGUCUUACGCCAUCUCUCUUCAGGGAGCUCAGAAACUCCUCAACGCUGAACCCAUCUCCAAAAUGCUUCCUGUGGAUGAGUUUCUGCCCAUCAUGUAUGACAAGCACCCCAACGAAGACUACAAAUCCCAUUUCCCCAAUCGGAAUCUGAUGGCGUACUCCACACAGCCCCUUCUGGUGCAGCCCUGCCAUUACGCCGGGGACCCGGAGUGGGUGAGCGACACGGAGACCUCCACGCUGUGGGACGACGACAGCGUCCGGACGGACUGGAGAGGCUCGCACAAGACUCUGAAGGGUUCUCAGCCGCCGGCCGGCUUGCAGAGCGCCACCUACAAGGACGAGCUGUGAAGCGCAGCCCCCAAGACCCCGGACCUGGGGCCAGGCACUCCACGGCUACACUAAUCAGGGUUUCUCGGGUUUUCCAGCUGAAAAAAAAAUACAAGAUGCAUUUACUUAGCAAAAUAAAUAUAGACCAUAUUAAGAUAUGUUUUCAUGCUAGCAGUGAGAAAUGCAACUUUUAUUGCAAAAAAAAAGAACAAGGCAAUUGGGUGCAAUACAUUAGAUGACUUCUAUUUGAUUCAACAGGAAGAACUUUUAUUAUAAAUUUUUCUAUUUCUUGAACUGUAUAAAAAGGACAUUCGAUAGCCGUUAUGGAAGUGGUGCGUUAUGAAUGUUAUUAGUGGAUGUCAUGCUCAGACAAACAGAGCUUAGUGUAUAUGAGAUAUGGUGUGCGUGGAAGACGUUUUUGGUGAGUUUUUGCUGUUCGUUUCUCUGUUCCCAUCGUAAUCAUUUGUUCUUAUUUAUUUCUCUUCCCUGUCUUAUUCCCUUCUGUGUCGCUCCAAACUGAACAGCAGGACCGAACGAAUAAGAGUAUGCACGGCAGUUAUUGUUGUUUUUGAAAUAAAAAAAGAAAGUUUUUUGGAAAAAAAAAAA